UCACAAUCAGCUGUGCGCCGCGCGCCGGUGGUUUACAGUCGCGCCGACGGCAGAGUGCGCUUACGUAAAGAUCGCGAGGGCGGGAAACCGCGCCGGCGGACGGCAGACCGCAAGCAACAGCAGUCGUCCUCGCCGGCUUCUGGCUCCUCCACCGCCACUUCUGCGAGUGGCGCGGCACCGGACACAACCCGCAGUGCGCUUCUACAACCAUCGAAGAGAGCAGUACUACACGUGCAGGUCGUACGCGUGUAAUCUGCCAGUUAAAGCUCCUACAUUCUCCGUUCCACCUAUCGAUAUAUUUAUUUGCCUGCGGCGGAGCUCUCUGCUUGAACGCUAAGAAGUGAUCUGUGUAACGUAAGGGAAGCGAAUAUUUACUGUCGAUAAGGGAAUCUCUUGAAUGACUUGCAACAGGUUACUGACCUCACCCACCCUGUGCGCUUCCUCGCUGUCCUCAAAUCGUACCCCGAGGGCUCGUUGCCAUGAGUCUCCAGCAAACAGCUGCUAAACCGAGACGCUCUACACAAAUCCGGAAGUAAGCAAGCGUAAUUCGGGCUGUGGAUUGUGUAUUAUCUCCAGGCGCACAGUUUGCUUAUUGCUUUGGUAGUGCCGUGGAUUACGCACAAUGACUAUGAGCUUCCUAAGACGCUGCUGAGCUAAAUAGCGACGGGAUCUGCAUCUGCUUUCUUUUAACAGCAUAGGCGUGCGUGAGUCGGCACGAAUUGCUUCUGCUCGUGCUUGUGGUAGAUACGGAGCCUUCAGAGGGCAGCGGCCAUAUUUCGCACUACCGCAUUUCGCACUACUUCGAAAAACUAGACACCUGCCGAACACUGUGAACACGAAACAAAAUUCGAGAAAACUUCUUCGACUGUGGACGAGGAGCCAUAAAUUGUGGUAAUAUGGAUUCAGGCAGCGAAGGAGCAGUUACGAGUGUUAUUAAAAGUGGUGGUGUUAUGCACGAAGACUCACUGGGUAAUUACCUGCAUUCGAAGACAACCGUAAAUUCCACGUCGCCGGUGCAAAUUUGCAAAGGAACGUUUUCUGAAAGUGUGUGUACGGACGAAAUCGAUCGCUAUGGUAAAAUGGACAACUCAGCGAGGGAGGAAUGCGUGACAAAUCCACACGCUUCCGGAUCCGAGAAACUCAAUGAGCUGGAAUGCCGUCCCGCAACGGAGACCGCGGUUCGGUCGUCCGCUGACGCUCCUGCGACAGAUCGGGAACUGAGUACAGCGAUCGACCAGCGCAGAUCGAUUGCGAACGGCGCUGUGGAAAACAGUCCUUCCACGGACAUCGGUCGCGGUGCCGAGAGUGAAAGCAGUGAGACGGGAUCGGCGGACGCGACAAACGGUGUCAGGGAGACAACACCAGUGGACGGUGGAGCUGAUUUGCGAAGUAGCGAGGAAGUGCCUCGCCGCUUCGGAGGGCAGGUCGCGGCGGUGCGUCCCACUAGUGGAGCGCCUAAGCCCGAAGGAAACGCUCAGCCCGUGGCGGUCGCUGCUGGUCAAAACACAAUGUCUACUGAAGGCUGCGCUUCCAGCGAGCGAUGUCGACCAGAAGAGGGGUCGGGUGGCGAGACUGGAGACAUCAACAGUAACGACAGCGCCUCUACGGUUGUUCCGAAGAGUAACGGUGGCUUCGACAACCCGGCUUUCGUCGGCGACGGCGACAGACCGCCGGCGAAAGAGAAGAGCCUCGACGGCAAAGUGGACAGCGACACGGAACGCGGCGAGGACUGUUCGGGCGCGGCUCGUGAGAGGCGCCGCAUCGUGGUGAACGUGCUGGUGCUGAGCUUCGCCUUCCUGGUCCACUUCACGGCCUACUUCGGCGCGGCCAACCUGCAGAGCUCGGUGAACGCGUCCGAGGGGCUGGGCACCGAGUCUCUGGUGGUCGUGUACGCGGCCCUCAUCGUCUCCAGCUUCUUCUUGCCCGCCACCGUCAUCAGGCGGCUGGGCUGCAAGUGGACGCUGGUGGGGAGCAUGGCGGUGUACACGCCGUACCUGGCGGCGCAGUUCUGGGCGACGCGCGGCUCGCUGCUGCCGGCGGCAGCGCUGGUGGGGCUGGGCGGCGGCCCGCUCUGGUGCGCCAAGUGCUCCUACCUCACCGCCGCCGCCCGCCGCUUCGCCAGCCUCGCCGGGCAGCGCGACGACGACGUCCAGGUGCGCUUCUUCGGCGUCUUCUUCACCAUCUUCCCCGUCGCCAACGUCCUGGGCAACGCCAUCUCCUCCCUCGUGCUGACGGCGGGCUCCGACGCGGAGGUGGCGGCCGGCGUCUCUUGCGGCGCCUCCUUCUGCCCCAGCGAACCGGACGCGGACGCCAACCCGAACCUGCAGCGGCCGCCGCUGUCGCAGCUCUACACGCUCAACGGCGUCUUCCUGGGCUGCAUGGUCGCCGCCGCCACAGCCGUCGCCGUCUUCCUCGCCCCUCUGGAUAGCGCUCCGGACGAGGAGGCGGCUUCCGGGCUGCGGCUGGUGACGGCGUCGGCGCGCCUGCUGCGCGACCCGCUCCACUGCCUCGUCACGCCCAUCGCCGUCUUCUUCGGCGUCACGCAGGGAUUCCUCGGCGCCGACUUCACACAGGCGUACGUGUCGUGCUCGUGGGGGAUCCCGCACAUCGGCUACGUGCUCAUGUGCUACGGCGCCGUCAACUGCGCCUCCUCGGCCGUGGUCAGCUGGGUGUCCAAGUCCGUGGGCCGCGUCGUCGUCAUCUCCAUCUACCUGCUGUUCUACGUGCCCAUCCUGCUGACUCUCUUCUUCUGGCAGCCCGACCCCACCGUCAGCACCGCCGCCUUCUUCGUCUUCGUCUCCUUCUGGGGGGUCACCGACAGCGCCUUUCUCGUCGUCAACGCACUGUUCGGCAUCCUGUUCCGCGGCAACGAGCAGGCGGCGUACAGCAACUUCCGGGUGUUCGAGAGCGUGGGCUUCAUCGUGUCGUACGCGUACAGCCCGGUGCUGUGCACGCACGUCAAGCUGUGGCUGAUGGCCGGGCUGCUGGCUGUGGCCGCCGGCUGCUACUGGUCCGCUGAGUGGCUGGCCCGGCGCCGCGACGCCGCCUCCUUCUGGCCGCACGAUAAGCAGAGGGAGCGCCACCACCAGCACCAGCACGGCCACCUCAGAGACUCCUACAACAAGCCCGCCGGCAAGGCGCUGGACGGCUGGUAGCGGCUCGAGGAAGUGGGGAGCGCACAGCGACUCGAGGGAACGGCCCACACCCACAGCCUUCAUUUGUACGCCUACUUACUAGCGAGACAACUGAUGUCUUCCCAGUUUGUUUGGAUAGUAUACCCCGUCGAGUCCCAUCGUGACCACUUACUAGCACACACAGCUGUUAUCGGGGUUGGAGGGAACUCAGUUACUCACAGGUCUCGACGGUGGUACGAAGUCAAACAGUGCACAGUGCUUCACCGCUGACGUUUAGCAGCGUAUAGCGACGUAAGCGGCCCUACACAGUUUUGGUUGGGACAAGAGAAGUAGUUUGAAUUUUUCUUCACGUUCUUCCUCGGCAGACACUUCCGGCAGUGCGCUAAAGUGCAUUAUCCUACUGAACGUCUUUGUUAUCCGCUUUGAAUUGACUGGUCGUUUACAAAUAAGAGCCGUUAAAAAAUUGGGUAAUUUUUGCUAGACGACGCCCUGAAAAUAUCCCCUGCAACGUAAAGUUGCGCCCAUCUCUUCCACUGUUUGUUGCGCCUGUUCUCCACCAGUCUCCAACUGGUAUACUUACGCCCGUACGUUUUAUCAAACAAUAAACGUGACUCAUUGAAGUUACGUCCUCGUCGGCAAAUCAGCAGCAAUUGAGCGUCGCUGUGGAUGUUUUUGUCGUUUAAUGGUGCGCUUUUGAGUGAUCUACUGAGAUAUCGAUUCCAUUUCACUGCACUAUAUUUCGACGGCCGACGCAGUCCUUUUCUUCGAGCUCCACAAGCUGUUUAUCAUGCGUAUUCGCUUUCUGGAUUUUGCGAUAUUUGUUGGCGUGUCGGCUCCGUUUGUGGCCGAGUUCUUGCCUCUCCCCAAAGCGCCCACUGCUCCAAUUAAUUCUUAUUCGAAGUCCGCACUGUCUGUACCGUAAACGCACAUUCGGCGUUUUCCACCUCUCAUGUAUGCUGUAUCAUGUACCAUAAACGACGAACGAUUUAAACACAAAAAGGCUGCUGAUAAAGUCCACUAGCGAGGUAAUAUUUUUUGGUUAGACUAUAGCAUAGACCAUGGGAAGCCACAGGGCUUAAGAGUGAAUGAAAAUGGUUGUUUUUCUGCUCCCCACUUCAUCCUUCUUCUUAACUUCCUACUGUACCCAGUGCCGAAAUCACGUUACUCCUGGUUCUUAGCCAGACCACAUGAAUCCCGUGGCAGUCACAGUGGGGUACUCUUAUUGAUGAGAUUAUUCUCACCGUGUUUAAUGAGUCAUCGUUGAAGAUAUUUGAUCGAAACCUCUACCUUACACCUGUACUGUGUGUAUAAGCAGCUGACCUACUUGCGUGGGCGAGUGUAAACUAAACACAGUUGGAAAUGUGGAUGCCGAGCCCAACGGCCUCGUUGUGCCCUGGAAGGGUGCUCAUACAGUAGUGACUGCAACAAAGUGGGUGGUCUAACACAUGAAAUAACUGCCCCUGAGUAAAUCUUGGAGAACCAUACACUGUUUCAUGUAAGAUUGGGCACACUGCAAAAUAGCAGUCGCUAAUGCCAUCAAUACCGCCAUAAAAUGAGUUUCAAGAAGACUGUGUCUUCCUUCAAAAAACUAGCUUCUUCGAAACAGAUGGCUGGCUAUGAACAUGCAAUAAGGGCCAAUUCUCUAUGGCCAUUUCUGUAAUGACUGUAUCAUAAAUUUUAAGUUUAUACCUCGAUAGAGGAUGACUUGCAGAUAAUUCUAUAACUCAAUCUUUCGUCAGUUUAUGGCAAAAAGGACUAUACUUACUAAAUGGAACACUUUAUUCAUGUUUCACUACAGAAAUAGAUAAUAAAUAAAUAAAAAUUGUUACGGAAA